ACUAUAGAGACGCUGGUCGCGCUCAGAAAUCCUAAACUGUGGAGGAAAGUUUCAACACUUCACUUAGGCGUAAGUCGUCGCGUACAAAGAGUUAAGUGAUGUGAAGAGUUUGAUUCGUUGUAUUAAACUCUUCAAGAAGACAGCUCGUAGCGUCACACUCCGCCUGAACUCUUCACACCCUGCACGUCGGGAACAACAACCUGAGCUGAGUGUUUUUAAUAUAAAAUACCGCAAUGGAGUCAGAUCUCAUGGCCAACACGUCGGCGACAGAUCUUUGCAGUUCACAGCUAGCCUGUGAAAAAGUUUCAGUUAAAGGCCAGGAAGGUUGGUCAUCCACGGAGCAGAGGACAAGUUCAACUGAGGAUAUCGCAUUACAAAGAGAUGACGAAUCCUAUUACACCAAAUGGACAGUUUUCAUUGCCCUUGCUGUUCCAAAAGCUAAAGCGCCUAAAAAAAACAAAAAAUUCGCGUCUGCCUUUGUGGUGAAAGGCCACAAAGCUCAGAGCUGCUAUCAUAUUGAAUACAAUCUGUUGCCAGGGGACACAGAGACAACCAAAGUGGACCUACUGGUGUUUGGUCCAGGAGCAAAACUGUUCCAAGAUGAUGAGACCAAGAUUCUGAGAACGUGGUAUGAAGGAGAUCGGAUAUGGGUCGGUUGGAGCCACAGUUUCAACAUCAGAGUCAACAGGGACAUGUUGAUCAGUCUACUUCCUCAUAAGAUCCAUCUGAAGAUAUGGAAUGCUAUGUACAGCCUGUCCAGCUUUCAGGCCCGCGCUGAUAGACUGAAAUCCUUUAGACUGCCAAAGUAUUGGCCUGAGGAUUCAAUUUACUCAUGUGAUGACAUCAAGACCAUGGUAACCAAGCUGACAGCAAAAAUAUGGUUGGAUGCCAAUUUGGAUGUGGGCUCAGAAAAAGAUAAGAACUUGGCUCUACAGGCGACAACAAGUUCUCCAAAACCCAAUGCUGAUGCCUUUGACCUUGGGGAGAUGGGAAACAUAGGAACCAUAUCACUUGAAGUCAGUCCCAUUCGGUUACUGGCAGGUGAGACCUCAGUGACUGAACGCUUCAAAGUUUACUCAUCUGGGGUAUUUGAGGUCAUAUGCGACAUCUGCCUGGAAAGACCUCUUUUAUCCAACCAACUAAUAGCUGAACUUAAUCCACUGGUCAUCAGCAUUUUGUCAGCCACCUCAAUGCCUUCAUCCCCGGUCCCUCUCCAUGUCCUACAGGAAAAGUGCAUGCCUGUCUAUUGCCAGUACAAGUUCCUUAACUCGAGCAUUCACAAAACAAACUAUUACGAGCAUGCUACCAACAUCUACUUUAGAGAUGUGAAUGUGAUCCUGACUGGCUCGAUGAAUCCACAAGAGGUCCAAGACUUUUUGGAUUCUCCGUCUCUGCAGAUAGAGGUUCACGAUCGUGACAGGAAGGUGGAGGAUAGACAAAAAACUCAAUCACCGUGUGACACAAGGUCAGACGAUGACAUGCAGACCAAUGCAUCGACAUUUGAUCCUAUAAUGAACACCUAUGGUAUCGCAAACCUAAACCUGUCUGAGUUGCUACUUGGAAAAAAAAGUCUAAAGGUGGACUUACCAAUCAAAUGUGGCCCUCAGCCUCUAAAGCUGGACAGACGGAGACGUGGAUGGAACAGCAUGAUGACAGAUACAGCUGGCAUUAGGGAUCCCAUGCCACAGCCUCCAUACUACGAUUUAGAUUCUCAACUCAAGGUCAAAGUUGAGAUGGCUUUCCCACUGACGACAGAUGAUGGCACGGAGUUCUGCAAUGGUCCAUUUGGCCGUAUUGUCUACCUCAUUGAUUACAACAACUUCUCAGUUAUUACCAAGCUGAGAUCAGAGAUCCUCAGAAUCAAUGCAUCAGCCUUGCAGCUGGACUCACCCUCAUUGGACAGUAGAGAGAGAGCUCUAUCAAAUAAGAAAGGCCCAAUGAAUUCCAAGCAUGAUGAGAGCAUGGAUCUGGAUUUUGUUACAGGAUUUCAUGUGGAAGAUAAGAGGAAACACAUCUUUGUUCUUGAAGGGCUGAAACAUAAAGCAGUGAGGAGACUUUGGGAGGCUGUUCCUAUGAAGUUAAGUGGGACCGAGGCGGAACAGGUGAUCGUCCUCUACAAUUCAAACCUGGGUUUCUUCAAGUGCAUCUAUGACUCAUUAGAUGUGAGUUUGAGUCCCAUCCAUCUACGUGAUUCACUGCAGAGCAUCAUGAGACAACCUCUGAUCUACGUUAGGGGAAAGGUACCCCAACUCUGCUUCCAGGCUUUGUCAAGGUUAAGCCAGCUGUGUCAAGUAAGGCAACUCAAAGACGCGGUGCAGUACGACCUCUUCCCCUCAGCUGACAUGAUUGUCAGCAUGAGCAGGGAAUAUGGCACAUCUGCUGCGCAGUGGGAGCAGAAAGCCAUUGCAAACACCAUGAUGCACCUGCCCACUCACACGGUCAGCAUGAAAAGACAUGCUGCGCUCGACACCCACAACCCAGAAUAUAUCAGAUGGAAACACAACAGGCAACAGACGUCGGCCCAGCACCUCAGGGACUACAUCCAGGAAAAUAUUCAAAAUGUGCAAGACCAAAGUGAGCUGUUGGAGAAGCCAGAGGCUGCUGCAUUAAGGUUGGAUCAUGCUGCAACCGUGCCAGUACACAACUACAGCACCCAGACCUUGAACUCAAAUGUACAAACCAGGGAGCUGCUCUGCAGAGAGAUGGCUAAGGUGCCGGGCCGAAGGUUCACCUACAGUCAAGAGUAUAUCAGUGCUACAGUAGAGCCUGGAGACAUGGCUCCUAUAAAGGACUCUGGCUCUACUGCUGCCUUUACAGCCUGGUUGACCAAUCUGAGCGGUGACAGGUCCAGGGUGCACCCCAGACACCCAGAUGAGGCUCGUGUGGAAGAGCUGAGGAAGCCGUGGAGAGAGAACAUCCUUCAUGCCAACACACUGAAUCCCACACUUUCACGGGACAGAUGGGCGUGGAGCCAGCACCAUGAGGACUUCCAGCUCUACAGCAAACCUCCAGCAGUGGUGCCUCUAGAACCUUUUCAUAGGGGUGGCAAGAUUGGGCCAAGCAAAAUCUUGAGGUGGCACACCAAAACCAAAAAGCCAUAACUGAAUUUCAGGAAUUGUAUUAUGCUGUUGUAGUAUAUAGACUACUUGAAAACCAUAGCAAAGAGUUACCGUAAGUAAUCGCUUUCUGAUAUACGUUGAUUUCUUAUGAUACAUUAAAUGUUACUAAUGAUCUGAUGUGCAUGGACUAAUAGUUAACAUUUUGAGUUCCACAACAUUCCUUUUUUACUUUGUUAUGUAUCUGUAUAUGCGUUAGUUGAUUCAAUGUUUUUCAAAUAGGCUUGUUGUCCUUUACCUAAAGAAAUAAUAUAUUUACAGUAAGAGAGUAGAGUACAUCUAUUUUACAGAACAAAACAUCAACUGGGAACCAGCCUACUAAAGUUUAAAAAACCACAAUGACCUCCAAUUAUGUACAAUAAAGCUUUAUUUGACUG